UCAUUAUUAAAAAACAAAAAAUAAUAAGUAGCUUAUUGAGGGUGUUACAAACAUGCACUUUCCCUUCCCAUCAUUUCACUAAUUAAUAUUCAUCCUUUUCUUCACUUUAUUUUUGUUGCAUACCACUUUACUCUCUUCUCAAUUCUUCUUCUUCCUCUUCUUGUUCCUUUUCUUCUUUCCAUAAACCUAUUUCUUUCUCUUUGUAUUCAUCUCAAUCUAAAACAAUGGCAGACAUUACCCAUUUCCCUAUGGAACAGCUUCAGGACCUUGAGUGCUGCUUAGACUCUAAUCCUCCCUGGGCUGAAGCUAUCCUACUUGCAUUUCAAAAUUAUAUAUUGAUGUUGGGAACUAGUGUGAUGAUUCCUUCAUGGAUUGUUCAUGCCAUGGGAGGAAGUGAUGGUGACAAGGCCCGAGUAAUACAGACUCUGCUCUUUGUAGCUGGCAUUAACACACUUCUCCAAACGCUUUUUGGAACCAGAUUGCCUACAGUAGUUGGAGGAGGUUCAUCUGCAUAUAUAUAUCCAAUUGCUUAUAUUAUCACCGACUCAUCAUUACAACAAAUUAGUGACCCUCAUGAAAGAUUUAUACAAACAAUGCGAGCAAUACAAGGAGCUUUAAUUGUAGCAUCAAGUAUUCAGAUAAUCCUGGGUUACAGCCAAGUCUGGGGACUCUUUUCAAGAUUUUUCAGUCCCCUUGGUAUGGCACCUGUAGUUGGAUUGGUUGGAUUAGGAUUAUUUCAACGUGGAUUCCCUGUGUUGGGGGACUGUGUAGAAAUUGGCAUACCGAUGCUGUUGUUGGUAAUUGGUUUGUCUCAAUAUCUAAAGCACGUGAGACCAUUCAGAGAUGUCCCUAUCUUUGAACGUUUUCCAGUGUUGAUUUGUGUCCCAAUUGUUUGGAUCUAUGCUGUUAUCUUGACUGCCAGUGGAGCUUAUCGACACAAGCCAGACACAACACAAAAUAGUUGUCGAACAGACAGAGCUAAUCUGAUAUCUACUGCUCCAUGGUUCAUGUUCCCAUAUCCUUUCCAAUGGGGUCCACCUACAUUUUCUGCUGGCCAUUCAUUUGCCAUGAUGUCAGCAGUUAUUGUCUCAAUGGUAGAGUCAACUGGUGCAUACAUGGCAGCUUCUCGACUAGCAAUUGCUACUCCCCCUCCUGCUUAUGUAUUGAGUCGAGGCAUUGGUUGGCAGGGGAUUGGUGUCUUACUAGAUGGUGUCUAUGGAUCAGUCACUGGUUCCACUGUUUCUGUGGAAAAUGUGGGUCUCCUUGGGCUAACCCGAGUUGGAAGUCGCAGAGUUGUUCAGAUUUCUUCUGGCUUCAUGAUAUUCUUCUCUAUUUUAGGAAAAUUUGGAGCUGUGUUUGCCUCUAUACCCUUCCCAAUUUUUGCUGCUCUGUACUGCAUUCUCUUUGGCCUUGUGGCUUCAAUUGGAAUAUCAUUUCUUCAGUUCACAAACCUGAACUGCAUGAGAAAUCUUAUUAUCAUUGGGCUCACUCUCUUCCUUGGAAUAUCUGUUCCUCAAUUUUUCGAUCAAUACUGGACUUCUUCACGACAUGGCCUUGUUCAUACUAAUGCUGGAUGGUUCAAUGCAUUCUUAAAUACCUUAUUCUCAUCACCACCAACAGUGGGUUUGAUAGUGGCAGUGUUGCUUGAUAACACUCUAGAGGUAGAAAGGUCAAAGAAAGAUAGAGGGAUGCCAUGGUGGGUGAAGUUUAGAACGUUUAAAGGAGACAAUAGAAACGAAGAAUUCUAUACUUUGCCAUUCAAUCUCAAUAGGUUGUUCCCGCCUACAUGA